CACCUACAAGAAACUUUGUGAGGAUUUGCGGCACCGGAGGAUGUGAGAAUCAAACCAAGCCGACGCUUGAGGUUUUUUUUUGUGUGUUUUUUUUUUUUUAAAUCGUUUAAAUGUGCUAAGAAAAAAGAAUAAUAAAAAUUAAUUGAAAUGGAGCCGAGCAACCUCCAGAAACUCUUUUGCGCCUGCGACAUCAACCAGUCGGGCAAGAUCGAGUUGGAGGACUUCACGGUGGUGUGCCGGGAGCUGAACGUGCCCGACGCCGAGGUCCAAACGCUGUUCGCCAAGUUCGACGUGGACGACGACGGCAGCAUCGACUACGCCGGCUUCUCGUCCCGCUUCCGGGAGGUCUUCCAUCCGCGGAGCGUGGCGGCCGCUCCGGGGAUGGAGUUCGCGGCCCGGUUCGACGCCGAAUGUGUUCUGCCUGAAAGCCUGAGAGAGCAGCUGGGCGACCUCCACCAGAACCUCCAGACGUGCGCCAACGCCACGGUGCUGCAGCAGUACGAGCGGGUCGUCUUCGCCGUGGUCACCCAAAGCCUGGACAACCGACAGGAGUGUGACCAGCUGGAGGCCAAUUUGAGGCGAGUGGAGGACAUGAACAGCAGCCAGCUGUCCGAGCUGGAGGACGACCUGCAGAAGCAGCUCGCGGGCACCGAGGAACGAGCGAGGGUUGAGGAGCGCAAGAAAAUGGAAGAUGUCCUCUGGAACAUGGAGCGGAAACACGAGAACCAGAUCGCCGACCUGCAGGCCACCGUGGACCGGCUCCUGCAGAACCAAGCGGCGUCUCAGUUUGCGCGUUCCAAGGAGGAGGAGCUAAAAUUCGACCAACGCGUGGGCGACCUGUCACAGGAGAACGAAAUGCUGCGCUCGUCCCUGCGGGAGUCCCAGACUCAAAUCGGCGUCCUCCACUCGGAGCUGGACAAGCUGAAGAACGUGUGCGCCGACCAACGGGCUCAGCACGAGCGAGAAACAAACCAGUUAAAGCGGAUGGUGAUCGAGUACGAAUCCUACGCCAGUCAAAUCCAGAUUCUGCAGGACUUGAACAAGCAGCUGUACGACAGCAACGACAGCCUGCGUUCCGUCUUGGCGUCGCAAGAGGAGGCCAAACGCCAGAACCCUCGGAAGGACCAAGUCCCGGCGGGGAGGAUGAAGCUCGUCAGGCAGAGCACCCUCAAGCACGGCAGCUUGGAGUCGAGCAACUCGACCUUGUCCGACGUGUCCCUGUGGGCGGACAAAUACCUGGACAGCGGCGUCUCCGUGCCCACCGACACCCCCGAGAGCCUGAUCAGCGACACGGACAUGGACGUGGACACCGACAUGGACGUGGACACGGACGACGGCCGAGGCUCCGUGGAGACCGUCCACCGCAGCUACUCCUGCGCCCACUCGGACGGCGAGUUACUGGACGUCAAGUCCGAGGCCGGGAUGUCCUUGGCGCACAGCUUCGGAAGUUCCAACGCGUCAUCCAUGCGGAAACAGUUGUCUGCGUUUGCUAAAGAGGCGGCGGCGGGCUCGGACGGGUCGGACGCGGAGGACGCCGUGCCCAUGUACAGCCUGGUUCUGGCCGGGGACGCCGGAACGGGGAAGUCCAGCUUCCUGCUGCGACUGGCGCUCAACCAGUUCAAACCGGACACCCAGACCACGCUGGGAAUUGAUUUCCAGAUUAAGAAAAUGCUCGUGGACGGACACAAGACCAACCUGAAAAUUUGGGACACGGCUGGAGAAGAAAGGUUCCGCAGCAUCGCCAGGUUUUAUUUCCGCAAAGCAGACGGCGUUCUGCUCUUGUACGACGUGACGUCCGAGAGCAGCUUCCUCAACAUCCGAGAGUGGCUGGACCAGAUCCAGAAUGCCACCGAGGAUAAAGUCCCCGUGUGCAUUAUUGGAAACAAGGUGGACAUGAGAGAGGAGACGCCCGCCAAACGCUGCGUCAGCACUUUGCACGGAGAAAAGUUGGCCACGGCGUACGGCGCGCUAUUCUGCGAAACGAGCGCUAAAGAAGGAAUCAACGUGGUGGAGGCGGUGCUCCACUUGGCCAGAGAAGUGAAGAAAAAUGUCAAAGUGGUCAAACCCAAAACGUCUCCGGUGGAACUUGCCGCCACCAACGCCAAAAAGACCUUUGGCACGUGCUGCCGCCUGUAGACCUCUGCCGGGGAUCAAGUGAUUUUUCUAGUUUUCAUAUGUAAUAUAUAGCUGUACUAGGAUUUUUGGUCAUGGACUUUUUGAUGGGCUCAUCCAUUCACUACAUUUCGAAUGAAGUUUUCUCUCUAUUCCCUGUAAGUGGCACUUUUACAAAUAUGCUAUAGAUUGUAUAUAUUCUGUAUAUUUUUGUAUGUAAAUGGUUUUACUCAUUCCACAUUUUGAUUUUGUACAAUAGGAACAGCACAAUUUGUUCUGAAUAUGAAGGAGAAAACUUUUUUUUUUUUUGGGAGCUAUUUUAUCAAACGAAC